AGGGGAGAGACAAGUGAGGAGGGCGUGAAGUGGUCGGUUCUUGGUGGUGUACUGUUGUUGUUGUCCCAGGUGAGGAGACGGUGGCCGGCUGCUGCUGCUGACCUUUUACAACACGCCACAGGUCAAGCCAUGGCCGUCACCGCUACUAGAAUAGCUAAGAGUCUUACAGGGGUGCUGGGGCGCAGCUUCUCCACCAGCCGGGUUGCGGCAGCCAAUCAGCUCACAGUGCGCGAUGCCCUCAACUCGGCCCUGGAUGAGGAGAUGGAGCGGGAUGAGAAUGUGUUCCUGAUGGGGGAGGAGGUGGCGCAGUAUGAUGGGGCCUACAAGGUGUCAAGGGGCCUGUGGAAAAAGUACGGAGACCAGAGAGUUAUUGACACGCCCAUCACGGAGGCUGGCUUUGCUGGCAUUGCUGUUGGAGCAGCCUUGGGAGGACUACGACCAGUGUGUGAGUUCAUGACCUUUAACUUCUCUAUGCAAGCCAUCGACCACGUUAUAAACUCUGCCGCCAAGACCUUUUACAUGUCUGCCGGCCUGCUACACGUGCCCAUUGUAUUCCGAGGGCCCAAUGGUGCGGCAGCUGGUGUGGGCGCCCAACACUCCCAGUGCUUCGGGGCGUGGUAUUCACACUGCCCUGGACUUAAGGUAGUGUCCCCCUACAACUCUGAGGAUGCUAAAGGGUUGCUGAAGGCCGCCAUCAGAGACCCCGACCCCGUGGUGGUGCUGGAGAAUGAGCUGAUGUACGGCACGGCCUUCCCUGUCACUGACGAGGUGCUCUCCAAUGAGUUUGUGCUGCCCAUCGGCAAGGCCAAGAUUGAGAGGGAAGGGAGCCACAUCACUCUGGUGGCCCACUCCCGUGCAGUGAUGGUGGCCCUGGAGGCAGCAACAGCUCUUGCAGGCGAGGGGGUGGAGUGUGAGGUGAUCAACCUGCGUUCCCUGCGGCCUCUGGAUGAGGAGACCAUUGUACAGUCAGUGAUCAAGACGCACAACCUGGUGACUGUGGAGCAGGGUUGGCCGCAGUCUGGCGUUGGCUCAGAGAUCUGUGCCAGGAUUGUGGAGAGCCCAGCAUUCCACUACCUUGACUCCCCGGUGAUCAGAGUGACAGGAGUGGAUGUUCCCAUGCCCUAUGCCAAGAGCCUGGAGGUGGCCUGCAUCCCUCAACAACACGAUGUCGUUAAGGCUGUCAAGAAGGUACUCAAGCUCAUCAAGUAAGCAUGUUGAGGGAGAGAGGGGUCCGGGAGGCACUGGCCAGGAAGGUAAGAGAGUGAGGAAAAAUUGUGUAAUGUGAAAACGAUGCUCUGCUGAUACUGUUACAUUUGUUGUGUGUCUGUGUCUGUGUCUAGGAAAGAUUGAAAAAGUGCACAGUAUUGAAUGAUGUUUUGAUGAUUUAAGUUAGAGUGGAGGAAAGGCUUGUUGAUGGUAUUCUUAUUCUGAAGUGCUCAUGUCUGCAGGAAAGGCUGAGAAAAAGGGAUAUAGAGCCAAGAAGAUCAAUGUUUUUGUUCUUUUCAUUUAGAGGAGCGGAGAAAAGCCCAGUUAUUCCUGUUUUUCUUAUUCUGAAGUGUUUAUUUGCUGGAAAAGAGUGAGAAUGAGCAGAAAAGAAUUAAUUUGUUUAUGCCACUUAGAUUGUAAGAAUGAAAAUUUGUGGAAUGAUGGUGAGUAAAGUUGGAAAUUAAGUUAAAAGUGUGAAGAAUUAACAGAAUACUUGUUGAAAUGAGUUAAAAAUUUAUUGUGUUCAUUGUUAAGUUAAUGAAGAAUUGAAACUGAAGUGAUGGUGUAGAAAUUUAAGUGAGGAAAAGUCUAUUUUAUUUAUGAAGGAUGUCCAUUUUAAGUGUUUUCAUGGAAUAAAUGGUGAGGAAUCUUUUAUUUCUGAAUUAGAGAUUAAAUGGUAAAGAUUGCUAUGUUAAUGAUAAGUAAGAGAUUGUCUCGGGUUGUAAGUUACUAAAAGAUUGACUUAAGUUUGAAGUUAAGAAGAUACAUGUGAUAUUAAAAAGGUACUAAUAUUCUUAGCAAGAUAAGUACCAGCUGUAAUUAUGAGGAAUUUUUAGUAAAAUUAUCUUGAUGGAAACUGAAAGUUCACAUUCAAGUUAGGAAAUACAAAUAAGGGAAAAUAAGAAUCAACCAGGGAAUUAACAAAGUAAUAGAAUGAAAUUGAAGGCUCAAGAAUUUAUUAGAAGAAAUGAAUGAGAGAAUCAAAGUCAAGAAAUGAAGUGAGUGAAAGAGAGAAGCUCCACAAAUAUGGUGAACAAGAAACACAAGAAGCAAUCACAUAAUCCAAGGAAAUGAAUGCAAGACUCCUCAGAAAUAAGACAAGAAUAAGGGAAGACAAUUAGAAUCUCAAGAAGCAAAUGAAUAACAAGAGAAGUGAGAGAGAAUUUUAAAAAACGCCUCUAAGAAAGCAAUGAGAAAGCCAAACAAUAACCAGACAAUAAAAAAAGAAAUAGUAAGAAAUUAACAAAACAAGACUGACAAAAUAAAAAAAAAUUGGAAUGAACAAGAAAAUUAGGUUAGAAACAAGAGCUAGUCAGUAAAUGUGCAGAAUCAGCAAAGUUAGAGGGGACUGGAGUGACCUGUGUGCCUCUACUGCCUCCCACUGAUCCCUUCCACUGCCCAAGAGUCCAUAACCUAGAGGGGUUAAUAGAUUAAUACUAAAUUAUAUACUCUGUUGGAACCGCCGCCGCUGCUGCCAUCGUCGUCAUGGUUCAGUGGGAAAGACGUAUCAAUCUCUGUACAUACUGGAAAUUUUUGGUGAAUAAUAUAUAUAUAAAAGCAAUGAAUUACUUUUUAA